UUUCCUAAACCUCUGGUUAUGUCUGUACAUGCAGCAUGAUUCAGAAAAGAAACCCGACACUGCGGAGAGGGACUGGGAGCACACGGUGAACAAGCAGGCCAGCAAAGAGAAGUCGCUGCAACUGAAACCUGUAGCGCGCUUGUAGUAUUGGUACAGUAUUCCACUUAGGAAACUUUCGGGGAUAAACGUGUGCAGUGUUGUACAAGGGGUUAAAGACAAGGUAAAUGUAGUUUUGUUUAGACACAGUGUUUCGUUACCCGGGAAAACCCACGCCUGUGCACUUUGUAAUAGAAGAAGAAAAAAAAAUUGAAACACAAUUUACAUAUUUGCCAAGACACCGGGAAAUCACUCGACUGGCAUGGGGGAAACGUGACCCCGACCCCUUUGAACCGCAAGACUGUAACGAGGAGAAAUCAAUCGGUUGUCUGUACCUAACGUCUAACUUCACAUUGCACAGCGCUCAGGUAAAUUCCAAUCUCAACGCAUUCUGUAAACUCUAUGAUGUCGGCGUGAUGCAUGUUAUUAAGGAUAGUGAAACAGAACCGGGACCAGCGAUGCCGUCAACCGAGUGUUCCUCGACCAUUGUGGGCAAAGGUGGCAAGAUGACAGCAACGGCUGUUGUGAAUGGGGGUGCAUCCAUGGACAGUUUGUCUGAAAGCAGCACUGACCCCAAGAUCACUAACGGACACCAUGGAAACAGCCCCCUUUCAGCAGGAGAGCCCCCCUCCCCAGCGAGCCCUAAACUGAACGGGGGCGCGGUCACACCAGAAGUUAGCCUUACAAACAAGCCUCCCAGCUGUAAGAAGAGAAGCAGGAGAAACUCUGACCUGGAGGACAAGACCUUGUGGGAUUCCUCCUACAAUGGGGCAAAAUUGCAGAGAAUGGCUGGCCGGGAGACAACUCUCCGACAGAGACCCCCUCAGCGGACAAUAUUCCAGGCCGGACUCACCCCUUGCAGCAAGGCACGAAGCAGCACAAGCAGCCCCAAACCAAAACUGGAUCUCAACAGCUGUGUGGUGCAGAAUGGGCCCCUCUACAGCCCUGUGAGCCCCCAUGUCCCUCCAGCCCCUACCCUAGAGCUGAUGGAACAGGAUUCCAAAGACUCGGCGCAGAGCAGCUCCACGUCCACCUCCCAGGACACAGGGACCCCCCCCGAAUACAAGGAUAAUAAAGGCUUUGGGAUCGGGGAGCUGGUGUGGGGGAAGAUCAAGGGCUUCUCCUGGUGGCCGGGGAUUGUGGUGUCCUGGCAGAUAACGGGAAAACGACAGGCCUCUCUAGGAAUGAGGUGGUUGCAGUGGUUUGGGGAUGGCAAGUUCUCCGAGGUUUCAGCAGACAAGCUGGAUUCGUUCAUGGCCUUCCCCAAGUACUUCACCCAAGCUUCAUACAACAAGCUAGCCUCAUACCGGAGAGCUGUCUAUCAAGCACUUGAGAUGGCAGCUGACCGGUCCGAGAAGAUAUUUCCCCCUUGUGAAACAGACAACCCUGAUGACCUGGUCAAGACCAUGCUGGAGUGGGCUAACGGAGGGUUCGAGCCCAAAGGGUCUGAGGGACUUAAACCUAAAGGAGAGAACGGGUCCCUCAAUCACCAUGUUCUUGAGGUCAGCGUCCUAGAGUAUUACCCCCCGGUCAAGAAGCAGAAAACCAACCUGUACAAAAGCAAGGUGGGGAUUGAGGAACAUUACAGUCGAGAACAAAUGGUCCAUGAAGUUUUGAAGAAUAACAGAAGUAUAGAAGAAUUCUGCCUGUCUUGUGGGAAAACGAGAGUGGUGACUUUUCAUCCGCUUUUUGAAGGAGGCCUUUGCCAAACAUGCAAGGAUAUCUAUCUAGAAAUCUCCUACAUGUAUGAUGAUGACGGGUACCAGUCAUACUGCACUGUGUGCUGUGGAGGACGGGAAGUGUUGCUCUGUGGCAAUGCCAACUGCUGUAGGUGUUUCUGUGUCGACUGUCUAGAUAUCCUAGUGGGCCCCGGGGCCUCAGAGAAUGCCAAGGUGCUGGACCCGUGGCGAUGCUACAUGUGCCAGCCUGCCCAACAGUAUGGUGCCCUCAGACAGAGACAUGACUGGAGCAUCAAGCUGCAGGAGUUCUUCGUCAACGACAACGGGCAGGAAUUUGAAAGCCCGAAAAUGUACACUGCAGUUCCUGCAGAGCAGCGAAGGCCAGUAAGAGUGUUGUCACUGUUUGAUGGUAUUGCCACUGGGUAUUUAGUUUUAAAGGAUCUUGGCUUUAAGGUUGACCAGUACAUCGCCUCUGAGGUCUGUGAAGACUCAAUUUCAGUGGGAGUGGUCCGACAUGAAGGAAACAUUCAAUAUGUGCACGAUGUGAGGAACAUAACAAGGAAGCAACUUGAAGAGUGGGGUCCUUUUGAUCUGGUGAUCGGAGGAAGCCCUUGUAAUGACCUCUCAAUAGUAAACCCAGCUAGAAAGGGUCUGUACGAGGGCACAGGAAGGCUGUUCUUUGAGUUUUACCGCUUGCUGAAUGCUGCUAAACCGAAAGAAGGAGACGACAGGCCAUUCUUCUGGUUGUUCGAGAACGUGGUGGCCAUGGGGGUCAACGAUAAAAGGGACAUUUCUCGUUUUCUGGAGUGCAACCCGGUAAUGAUUAAUGCCAUUGAGGUGUCAGCCGCACACAGAGCUCGAUACUUCUGGGGCAACCUUCCUGGAAUGAACAGGCCCUUGUGUGCUUCAGGCAUGGACAAGCUUCAGCUUCAGGACUGCCUAGAGCAUGGGAGGAUAGCAAAGUUCGGAAAGGUGCGUACCAUCACGACGCGGUCCAACUCCAUCAAGCAGGGCAAAGACCAGCAUUUCCCUGUCUUGAUGAACGGAAAGGAAGACAUCCUGUGGUGCACGGAGCUGGAAAGGAUCUUUGGCUUUCCGGUGCACUACACUGACUUAUCCAACAUGGGCCGGGGCGCGCGACAGAAGCUGCUGGGCCGAUCCUGGAGUGUCCCGGUCAUCCGACACCUCUUUGCUCCUCUUAAGGACUACUUCGCUUGUGAAUAGAGACCAAUGAGCCUGUUUUUUUUUUUUUUUAAGAUUGUCUACUUGUUCAUCAUUCAAGUGUUUUUAGGAAGAAGAAAACAUUACUGGUCCUUUUAGACAUUAUAGUUCUGUAUUGCUAACAAAAUAUAUAUAGUUUAUUGAGGGUAGUGGAAUAAGAUAAUAAAGGGAUGUGGAAAUUGAUCUAAUAUCUCACAGUGUAUAUUCGUACCUCAGAACGUUAUGCUGCUUUUAAAUUUAAUCUGCAACAAGAUAAUUCAAUUGUUCAAUUGGCAACAGAGAGCUAAAGAUAGAAAAUGAAUCUGCACCGAAAGGAGAAAGAGAUAUUCUGGUCAUUUGCACAUCCCUGGCUGAUAGCUGACUUCUUACAUGAUUACUUAAGAUUACAGACAAGAGGAUAGGUGCCGACUUACUCCAGUUAACAUCCUGUUCUGCCAGCUAAAAAAAUCAUUUUGGCUUGUUUAAAGGUACUGCCUACACCUUGGAUUACAUCCAAAUCUGACAUAGACUAUCCUACAAAGCAGACUGGUUCCUAAACCCCUAGGUCUUUGUCAAAAAUCUUCUCUGUGACUCGUUUUGGGUUAUAACAGCCAGGAGGUGAAAUUGUACAUUUGGAACAGUUAUCUUAUAAUGCAGUGUUGCUACCUGCAUGUCAACUUUUGUAUUUGAAUACAGUUAAUAUACAAACACAUGGAGGUUCUGAAAAAUCUAACCCCAACAGAUGAUUUGCAGAUGUGACAAAACAUUGCAUUGCACCGCUGCUUCUGCAGAGCACUGAUACAUCCGACUUCCUUAAAACAGAAAAUAGUUUCCCAGCGGGCAAUGGGAGGGGUGAGAUGAGUGUAUUGAACUGGGGUUGUGUUUCAAGGUAAUGAAAACAACUUUCUUUACCUUUCUGCUCAGUGUCUGUGUCAGUUAUGGAACCUCUUGAGCUUCCCUCAUGUGUUUCAGUUUUGUAAUGGUUAUUAUAUUGACAGUGCAAGUGAUUGAUUCACAGUAAGGUGAGCUCUUCAGGCCUGGAUUAUUAUAGCACCACUCUAUGUCUUAAUACUUAGUGAUUUUAAUGUCAUUCAAGCACUAAGUCUGCUUGAGGCAGCUUGAAUAUCAGUAUAUUCUAUAUUAACAAUGUGUCUGCAGAAACUCUGUAUUCUCAGGUGAUCACAAACAGUCCGAAAAUUUAGACACUCCUUCACCAUCAUGUUAAACUACAAAAUCCUGCCUGUAUUCAUAUAAAACUAAGUGGAGUUAUUUUAAACAAAUGCCCAAGUGUUUUGUCAACCAGGCAAGGAUCUAGUAGAGUCACAUGUUAACAGCAUGCAUUCAGUCAAUGUGAAAGUGUCUUGAAAUUGCCUCAUGUGGUACCAUAGAAAACACGUCUGUCAUUUGAUUCCAAAUACAUAGCAAUUAACCGUGGCCAAGAUGUUUAGAGUAAUGCCCCAAGUGGCAGUCAGAAAACACAGACUGGACGGAUUAAUCACCUUUGUCAUAAUGUGAAACAGAUUGCUUUAAAACUCAGACAAUCGGAUAAUGUAAAUAUAGAGGAUACAUACUCUCAAGGAUGCCAUAUGUUUUUGUUUGGAAGCACAACCAUGUAGUUUGAAUGUGAAUAAUGCCAAACAAACCUCAUGUUUUUAGGUGGAACCGGCCAAAAUGUUAUGCAUGCUUAAUUUUUUUUAAAUGUAACGUAUUGCAAUAUUAACAUUUAACCCAUUUAAGCUAAACAAGGGUUUUUCUUCAAAUGAGAAUUUAAAAAAAUUGAACCAGUAUUUAAAAACCACAACCCAGCAUUAAGUUACUGGGUGGUCCAGUAAGUGACACACUUUUUUUAUCUUUGGGAUCUUGUUAUCAGUUAGGCAGUACAUGCAUUUCUUAAUAUGCAAAUAAAUCCAUUUGCCACCUCAUGGCUUUAGCCAUUGUAUUCGAGCACCUACUGCAUGGAACAGCACACUACAUUGAAACUGUCUGUGUGGUAUAUUUAAAAUAACUGAUGUGCAAAAAAAAAACAACUCAUUUUUAUAAUACUGUAUAGGGCUAAGAUGUUAAUAAUGGGUGCUAAUGUUAACAAAUCAAGAAAAUAACAGUGCAAACUUUGCACUGGAGUGUGAUUUGGUUUAUUCAAUAAAGGACUGCCAGAGAUGCCUGUUUCCUAAGAGCUGUAACUUCCUGCCAUUCAGUGCCUUAAACACAUUUGAACUAAAACAUGUUUGUACUGUAUUGAAAAUGUUUACAAGUUGGUGUUUCCCUUUUAAGAGCAGCCGUGGUGGUGAAGGAGAAACUCAUAUCAGCAUAUCAACAAUCGCUAUCCCUUUAUUACUGUUUUCUCAUGCAGCAAGCUUGAGCCAGCGCUGUGUUUGCUUUUAUUAUAGUAUAGGGCUCUCUAUAUACCCUGCUGUUAGUUAAUCUAGCUUAAAACAUGUAAGUACUGUAUACAGCGCUGUUAAGAAAGGUUUUCUGUAACAUGAAAAAGAAAGACACUGGUUUAUAAGAUUUCUGAACAUUUAACACUGAGGUAACGAUUGGGAAUAUUUUAGAGAACAAACUCAAUUCAUACACAGCCAUCACAUAGUGUGUAGUUAAUGGGGUUUGUAUAGAAACUUUUAAAUUGGCUGGUGGUUGACCAUGCUUUUUAGCAGACAAAUGUGCUUGGCGUGGUUCAUGGUGUAAUAUACCCACCUCGUAUAGUGCAGUUGACCAGGUGUCUUUUAUUUGAAAACCAAAUUCCAGGUGAAUUUUAUUUUUUCUUUCAAAGCAAUAAAUACUAUUGCAUUUGUAGUUUUAUUUUCUAAGUGGGUUUAGGGCAUUUUACUCUUAUUGGUGCUAAUUGUUAUAAUACAAAUACUCCUACUUUAUAGACCUGUAUUUUUAUAUACAUGUGCGUAUACUGUAAUAUUUUCAAUAGGUACCUGGGUUGCAUUCAUAACAAUGCUUCGCAAGUUUUUAGUAAGGUUUGUAAUACCAUAGUUUAGAUUAAACUAGUAUUUUUGUACGUUAUGUUUUUAUACCAUUCCAAACUUGAGAAACAGAAUGUAAAGGCAUUCUAAAAAUGUUUUGUAUCAUUAUUGUGUGAUUCUGAUAUUUAGCUGUACUUCCAAUGGCUUGGUUUAUCAAUCCUGGUAGUGGAAUUCAAGUAGUCUCCUGUUUUAUUCUAAGAAUGAAACAUUUUGAAGUUAAACACUUCUUCAACAGCCUGUUGUGAGCAUUAUUGUAUUGUUUUUAUAAUGUUUGUACUUCUGUAUAUUUUUAUAUAUAUAUACUGCAUAUGUUGCAGUACCCCACUGUGCUAUAUCGGCUUGAUAGCCUGUCCAUGUAAAAUCUUUAAUGAUUUAAAUUGUCUAACCCUGCAAAAAUAAAACUGAUUUAACUUGA